UCCCCUCUAAUCAGGGACUGAUUUAGACCUGGGACACCAGGUUGGAGAUUCCCCUCUAAUCAGGGACUGAUUUAGACCUGGGACACCAGGUGGGUGAUUCCCCUCUAAUCAGGGACUGAUUUAGACCUGGGACACCAGGAGGGAGAUUCCCCUCUAAUCAGGGACUGAUUUAGACCUGGGACACCAGGAGGGAGAUUCCCCUCUAAUCAGGGCCUGAUUUAGACCUGGGACACCAGGAGGGAGAUUCCCCUCUAAUCGGGGCCUUAUUUAGACCUGGGACACCAGGUAGGUGAUUCCCCUCUAAUCGGGGCCUGAUUUAGACCUGGGACACCAUGUGGGAGAUUCCCCUCUAAUCGGGGCCUUAUUUAGACAUGGGACACCAGGAGGGAGAUUCCCCUCUAAUCGGGGCCUGAUUUAGACCUGGGACACCAGGAGGGAGAUUCCCCUCUAAUCGGGGCCUGAUUUAGACCUGGGACACCAGGAGGGAGAUUCCCCUCUAAUCGGGGCCUGAUUUAGACAUGGGUUAUAUUAGUAAUCAGGUAGAAGAGAAAACUGCAGAGUUGGUAGGGUCAGAGUUGAAUACCCACAGUAUUUUGGUUUAAUCUAAUAUGAGGAUACAGUACAGUACAGAGGAGAGGAGACGAGGAGGAGAAGUCACUACAGUCUACUAAGAGACAGCCCAGCCCAGCUAGGGGUUUGUGGUCUGUGACUCAAUUCCUGUCAGAGAGAGACGCUGAGGGGAAAAAUAGUUUACUUUCGUCUCUACACUUGUGACAGACUUGGUACUGUCCAAACACAUCAGGUGAUAAAUCAUGAAUAUGCCAUCGAUCUGCAUUCAGCUCUAUGUCCUGGGCCUCCUGGUGAUGAUGGGGUCCAGAGCAGAGGGAGUUUUGGGUGGAAAAGGCAGCAUGUCCACCAACUCCACCCCUACUGAUACCCCCUCUACAGCCAACCAUACCCCCUCUACAGCCAACCUGAACCCCUCUACAGCCAACCAGACUCCCUCAGCAGCCAACCAUACCCCCUCUACAGCCAACCAGACUCCCUCAGCAGCCAACGAGACUCCCUUAGCAGCCAACCAGACUCCCUCAGCAGCCAACGAGACUCCCUUAGCAGCCAACCAGACUCCCUCAGCAGCCAACGAGACUCCCUUAGCAGCCAACCAGACUCCCUCAACAGCCAACCAGACUCCCUCAGCAGCCAACAAGAUCGCCCAGACUACAUCGUCAGGGUUGACAGCCCUCAGCCAUUCACAGGGCUGGGAGUCCACUGGGACCACGGAAACCAUAUCAGCACCAGUUUCAACUACAAGAGGAAGUGACAUUGCAGGCUAUGUACUCCUGUUUCUCAUAUUGUUGGCUGUUGUCUGUCUGGUGGUGAUUCUCUAUAUCCUGAAGAAGAAGUCCAGGAGGUUCUCGUUUGACCUGCAGCAUCCAGGAUAUGACGACACCCCUCUCACCUGCAUGGAACAAUCCGGAACCUUCGAACCCAACAACGAUCAGGAGAUCUGGGAGUCUGAGAGAGAGGGUGGUGCUGAGACUCCCCAUGCUAUGAGCCCUGUAGCUAACGGCUCAGCUAUGGGGCCUGGAGAGACUGGGUCUACAGGGGAGAACGCAGAAGGAGAGAAGCAGGCUCAUGGUGAUAGUGAUGGAGACAGCUUCAACAACUUCUGCACCAGUGAUGUCACGCUGACUCCGCCCAUAAGAAGGGUGGGCUUUAGCCUGGACCUCGACUUGAGUGACAAGGUGUUACUCGGCUCCAGCCCUGACCUUUGACACUUGAGUGACAGGGUGUUACUCGGCUCCAGCCCUGACCUUUGACCCUGUAUGUUCAGAUAGCGUCUUCACUGAGAUCAAGACGUAAAUAGCACCUUUAUUUGAUCUAUAAAAUGUCAGAAUGUAAAAAGCUCCAAAUAAGUGUUUUACUGUCCUUCUGUAAGUUCUUGAUUAUAUAUUUUUUUAUUUUUUUAAAUUGUAAUAGUUUCUUUGUUAUUAAUUUUAGUAAUGUUUUGAGCGUGACAACACCAAGAGAGAGAUGCCAUGUCACGUGGUUUUAGAAUAAAAAUAUACUUCACGGAG